AGUUCAACGCUCAAAAUAUAAUUGUUUCCGGUUGAAUUGGGGUCAAACAGAGGGGAUUGCACAUUACAAGACAUCACAAUGCUUAUACGAGUAAGUAUUGGAGAGAAAGAGUGAAAACACCUUUUGGAAAUGCAUCGUUUGUGCUGUAAACUAUAGGGAUUACAAUGUGCAAUUGUUAUUUGCCUUCUCAGAGGUGCAUUCUCGCCUCAGGUGAAUAGUUUACAUCGAUGAAAUAGCCAGUGAGCUAGCUAGCCACACUUGUGUAACUUGACCAAAAUUGUGUAGCUAACCUAACACAUUCCCAUCUUCAGCUAGCUAAAUCUGGCGACACUUUUUAAAGAAAAACAACGGUCAACAUUUUCCUAGCUGUUAAUGUGAAAUCAUGAGCAACUGUAACAUUUUCUACUUGGGAGUGGCAAGAAAAAAAUGUGUGUGAUGUUCAGAGUAAGAUCAUAAUACAUUUGAUAGCUUUGUCUUGAACACACUUCAAGAGGCCAGGGUUGGAAAAAAAUAACCAUGCUAUCUCUGAAUGGAACUUUUCCAUAUAGAAUUAUUGAAAUAACAUAAAUGUAAACCGUGUUGGGCAUGUUUAAGACCUUACAGAGACAAAUGUCAAUAACUCUCUUUCUCCCUUCUCUCCAUCCCUCUCUCUUAGAGGGUGUUACAAUGUGGAGUGACAGCUUUAAAGUCACACAGGACCAUCCACCACAGUGCUCAAUGGAGGAGUCCUCUCAUACCUAUCGUUGUGGAACAGACGGUAAGAAUUGGAACCCCAACAGAGUUCUAUUUAGGACUGCAACAUUUCUAUGCAACCUGAUUCACUCUUGGUUUGGAACGGUUUCAAAAUGAGUUGUUCAGCUGUCAGUUCCUGGUCCUAGCUGGUCUAACUGCUUUCCAAUGUUCAAAGAUCUUCCUCUUGCUUUCUUUUUCCCUGUCUUUCUCUUCUUUCUUAGGGUCGAGGAGAGCGGGCAUAUGACAUCUACUCUCGUCUGCUAAGGGAGAGGAUCAUCUGUGUAAUGGGGCCGGUAAGUCUAGUUGUGUGUCACUGUCUGUGUAAUGGGGCCGGUAAGUCUCGCUGUGUGUCACUGUCUGUGUAAUGGGGCCGGUAAGUCUCGCUGUGUGUCACUGUCUGUGUAAUGGGGCCGGUAAGUCUAGCUGUGUGUCACUGUCUGUGUAAUGGGGCCGGUAAGUCUCGCUGUGUGUCACUGUCUGUGUAAUGGGGCCGGUAAGUCUAGCUGUGUGUCACUGUCUGUGUAAUGUGUUGGGAUUCAAACCCUACACCUACACCAGGAGAAAUUGAAUAUGUUUACAUGCACACUAAUAAUUCGAUAUGAAACUGAUUAUGGCAGUAGGCCGAGUAUGGCAUUAGUCAUGACACAUGUAUACACCUUACUCUGCUUAUCUUUAUCGGCGUAAGGUCAUAAUCGACACACAUCGACAACAGUCACCCUCGAAGCACCGUUACCCAUCGCUAAACAAAAGCCGCGGCCCUUACAGAGCAAGGGAAACAACUACUUCAAGGUCUCAGUGAGUGACGCCACCGAUUGAAACGCUACUAGCGCGCACUGCUAACUAGUUAGCCAUUUCACACCGGUUACAUUAGGACAUGUAAACACAAUCGGAGUUCCAGCUGUUGCAUUUAAGAUUCAUUUGUUAAUCUCUCUCCUCUCCCUCUCUCUGCCUUUUUUCAGAUUGAUGACUCUGUGGCCAGUCUGGUUAUUGCUCAGCUGCUCUUUCUGCAGUCAGAGAGCAACAACAAACCCAUUCACAUGUACAUCAACAGUCCUGGUAAGAGAAGAGUGAAAGAGGGAAGGAGAGGAGGGGGACCUCCCACAAAAAUGGUGGAGGAACAGAUGGUGGUGGCAGGGGAUGGUUGGCGAAAUAGGGAUGGGUUACUUGGUAAAAAGCACGUUUCUUGAUUGGAGGGGAGAGAACGCAAAAGGGACAGAUGGAUCAGAUGACAGUGAUAGGAGAUAAAGGGUGCAUUCAGAAUAUUUUUACCUUGACUUAAAAUGAACAUCAUAGGUUUCAACGUUAAAGCUGAGAUCUGUGAUAGGCGCAACAGCCCCAGAUGCAUUUGUUAUUGUUUUGAGGAAAUGAGCAUCCAGCAUCAAUGGUAAAAAAAAUUACUCUGUUCUAUUGUGCGUGCAAUGAUGUGAGAGGAAGAGAAAAAAAAGUGUUGAAGUAAUGUCUUUGUAAUAUCGCAAACGGACGUGGCAGUUUCACCGCUAUGGAUUCCAGCUUUAAGGAGAGAUUAGAAAAGUCUGGGAGAAGAACCAUUCAUGAACUAAAUCCAACAAACCAUCAAUCCUGAUUCACCUUGAUGUUCCUAUCCUCCUCCCCCCCCCCCCCAGGCGGUGUUGUGACUGCAGGCCUGGCCAUCUACGACACCAUGCAGUACAUCCUCAACCCCAUCUCCACGUGGUGUGUGGGCCAGGCAGCCAGCAUGGGCAGUCUUCUUCUGGCUGCAGGCACGGCCGGCAUGAGGCACUCUCUGCCCAACGCCCGCAUCAUGGUGCACCAGCCCUCUGGAGGGGCCAGGGUAAGGAGGGAAAGGGGCAGGGGGGCAAGUGGUAAUGGGACCAGGGAGGCAACAGGAAUAGGGGAGGGGGGGGGGCAGGGUGAAGUCCGACAGGUAAGGGGAUGGUGGGGGUUAGAGAACCUGGUACAACUGUUGGUUGGUUAGCUUGUGUUGCCAUCAAAAGCCAGACCUGUAAUUGUCCAUAGGCUAUUGGGCAUGUAAAUAUGAGUUCAGUAUUUUGACUCCUCAGCUGAUAAAUAACAGUUGUCAGUUGCCUUUACAUAACAUCUCUCUUCUCUCUCCUGUGUGUUAUUAGGGUCAGGCUACAGACAUCGCCAUUCAGGCUGAGGAGAUCAUGAAGCUAAAGAAACAGAUCAAUCAACUCUAUGCUAAACACACUGGCCAGCUGUUGACACAUAUAGGUAAGUAGCUAAGGCAUCCAGUUCAGUAGAGUCUGGCUCAGAGGGAAAAGCAGACAAAAGUUCCCAAUAUUGAAAACAGACCUGGGUUCAAAUACAUGCUUAUUUAAUUAUUUUUUAUUUAAAUACUUAUUUUCUGUGUAUUAGAGUAUUUUCAAAUAAUGUGGCCAAAUCAGCUACUUCCAUUUGAAGUAUCUGAAAAUAUUUUCUUAUAACUUCCUAUAAAUAGCCAAAACUAAUUUCAAAUACUUAUUUCCAAAUACAUUAUUUCAACGGAGUGGCUGCGUGGCUGAAUUCUCUGGACACCUCCUUUUGAUAGCUAAACAACCAAACCUUCUGGGCAUGUGGGAUUCUCUACUUUACAAACAAGGCCAUUGCCAAACUCUGGUUACCAUGCGCAGAACUGUAGGCUGUACACAGGUACAACAGGCAACUCUGGCAAAUUUCAAUUAUGUGCUGUAUCAAAUUGUGUGGCGUUGCUUGAUCAUUGAGAAGCGAAAGUUGUUUUGCCCCAAUGCAAUGUGUAGACUGCCUCCUGCUUAUGUUUGUGCUACUGCAAUAUCCUUAGUUACAACCGACAGAGAAAGUUAUAGCCUACAUCCCAAAUUAGGGAAUGUUAGUUUGUCGCUGCAGGGGUUUUAUUUCAGCUGUUCAUAAAUAUGAGGCAGAGACGUGAUUCGGUUGUUUAGCUCUGGCAAAGAGGCGUCCAGGGGGGCAGGACAGGAGUGGAACGGGGCAAUUUGAUUCGAUCGUGCAGCCUCAGCCUCAUUUCAAAUACCCCUAGGACCAAACAGACCUGGGUUCAAAUGCAUGAAAUUAUAUAUUUGAAAAUAGACUUGUCUUUGUAUUUGAGUAUUUUCUAAUACAUGCCAGUACUUUCCAAGUUUAUUUCCAAAUACAUCCCAAUAUUCAACAUUUCAAUAUUCCAAGAAAAAAUCUCAAAAUACUUACUUUGAAAUGUCUUUUUUGAUGGAAAAUGUUCCAUAGCCUCUGAGUCCCAUGUUGACAAGGCCUAUCACUUAGUGACUCCGCUAACUAAAUUCAAGCGCUAAUUCAAGGUUAGGUGAUUUGAUGAUUGACUGAGUCCUUCCUCACUCAAAGCACUUUGUAAUAAUGUGAGAGGAGUGAACUCACCUCAUCCACCACCAAUGUGUCGCACAUUUUCACCAAAACUCGUAACCACAAAAUGAUUCCCUCCUGUUUUCUUUCUCCCAGAGGGUGUGAUGGAGAGAGAUCGUUACAUGAGCCCUAUUGAGGCACAGGACUUUGGGAUCAUCGACCGAGUGUUGGUGCAUCCUCCCCAGGCAGGCCAGGACGACCCAGAGCUGGUCCAGAAGGAGCCCCCUGCCGCCACCUGCCCCUCGCCAGCCUCCCAAACCUCCGCCACCGAGCAGGGACCUCCAGGGACAAACCCCCCCUCCUCAUACAAACCCGAACCCUGACCUCUGAGACUACCAGGAAACAGUCCCACGCCAUCCCCUAGCUUCUACCCACCUAUAGGCACUUCUGUAGAUCGGAAUGGAUUGGACAGCUGCAGGCAAUAUGCCGCACUUCUGUAAAUCCAAAUGCAUUGGAGUGGAUACUAAAUGGGAGAAGUUACAGGGUAGCCUACCAGAGGGCAAAGUGGAGCUAUUACCAUAUUGCUUAUACCUAUCCAAUCCUUUGAGAUCUACAGAAGUGCCCUGGGUGGAUAGGAGCUAGGGGUCGGUUUGGAACAGAGGACCUGCGUUGUAUACCUCUGUGCUGGAAAAACCUCUGGGAGAGGAGGCGGAAAAAUGCAGCAGUAUUUGAAGAUUUACAUUGAAGAGUUUUAUAAUUUUUGACCAAUCUCAGAUUUGUACUGUCCCCCAUAUGUACACUGUAUUUACCACAAACACUAAUGAGACUGCAUAUCUCUACAGUGAAGGAAGCAAUACAGCCCCCAUUUGUACUAGCCAUGACAGUUGUGAUGUUGAUUUUCAUAAACUGGAAUAAAAUACCCAACCUGGGCCUGUAUUCAUAAAGCAUCUAAGACUAGGAGUGCUGAUCUAGGAUCAG